GCUCCGAGUCCUGUCGGUGGGGGCAGCAGGAUGCUGGUGGAAGCAGAGGGGGCCGGCCUGGUGCCUCCGCAGCUCGGCUGUCAGGGCCCGGCGGGGCGUGUGCGGCUGCUAGUGCUGGCCCCCCCGCCCCACCCCUCCCCAUGCAGCCCUGGCAGUGCCUCCGGCGCUUUGCCCUGGCCUGGUGGGAGAGAACCGCUGAGGGCAGCGCCCGAUCUCCUAGGGAGGAGGCUGGAUCGAGGGACCCCGGGGGCCGAGGGGAGCCAGGGCUCCAGCGUGCAGCGGGAGGGAAGGCUCCAGGACUCUGUUCCCUCUGUUUAAAGUCUCCAGAUCCGGAGCGGAGCAGCCCCCCCAUGCUGUCUGCGGACGAUGCCGAGUACCCGCGGGAGUACCGGACCCUGGGGGGCGGGAGCGCCACGGGCGGCGGGGGCCGGCGCUUCUCCAACGUGGGGCUGGUGCACACGUCGGAGCGGCGGCACACGGUGAUCGCAGCCCAGAGCCUGGAGGCGCUCAGCGGCCUCCAGAAGGCGGAUGCCGACCGCAAGCGCGAUGCCUUCAUGGACCACCUGAAGAACAAGUACCCGCAGCACGCCCUGGCCCUGCGGGGUCAGCCCGACAGGAUGCGCGAGCAGGUUGGCGGCUGGACCGUGGACCCCGUGUGCCUCCUCAGCUCCCUCUGCUCCCACCUCCAUGGCGACUCCGCCCCCUCCGGGGCUGGCCAGCCGGCCCAGCAGCCAAACUACUGGAGUUUCAAGACCCGCAGCUCGCGCCACACUCAGGGAGCCCAGCCCGGGCUGGCAGACCAGGCAGCCAAGCUGUCAUACGCCUCGGCUGAGUCGCUGGAGACCAUGUCGGAGGCGGAGCUGCCCCUGGGCUUCAGUAGGAUGAACCGCUUCCGACAGAGCCUGCCCCUCUCCCGCUCCGCCAGCCAGACCAAGCUGCGCUCGCCAGGGGUGCUGUUCCUGCAGUUCGGGGAGGAGACUCGGCGGGUGCACAUCACGCACGAGGUCAGCAGCCUGGACACGCUGCACGCGCUCAUCGCGCACAUGUUCCCGCAGAAGCUCACCAUGGGCAUGCUCAAGUCGCCCAACACCGCCAUCCUCAUCAAAGACGAGGCUCGCAACGUCUUCUACGAGCUGGAGGACGUCCGGGACAUCCAGGACCGAAGUAUUAUCAAGAUCUAUAGGAAGGAGCCUCUUUACGCCGCUUUCCCUGGCUCACACCUUACCAACGGGGACCUCCGGAGAGAGAUGGUGUAUGCUUCAAGGGAGUCAUCGCCCACCCGGCGUCUCAACAACCUGUCGCCGGCGCCGCACCUGGCGUCCAGCUCUCCGCCCCCGGGCCUGCCGUCCGGGCUGCCGUCCGGCCUGCCGUCGGGGCUGCCGUCGGGGCUGCCGUCGGGGCUCCCGUCGGGGCUCCCGUCUGGGCUUCCGUCGGGGCUGCAGUCGGGCUCGCCGUCGCGCUCCCGCCUCUCCUACGCCGGGGGGCGCCCGCCCUCCUACGCUGGCAGUCCGGUGCACCACGCGGCCGAGCGGCUGGGGGGUGCCCCAGCCUCCCAGGGUGUCAGCCCCAGCCCCAGCGCCAUCCUGGAGCGGCGCGAUGUGAAGCCCGACGAGGACCUGGCAGGCAAGGCGGGCGGCAUGGUGCUGGUAAAGGGCGAGGGCCUCUACGCCGACCCCUACGGGUUGCUCCACGAGGGCCGUCUGAGCCUGGCCGCGGCUGCCGGUGACCCGUUCGCCUACCCGGGGGCCAGCGGACUCUACAAGCGCGGCUCGGUGCGCUCGCUCAGCACCUAUUCGGCUGCCGCGCUGCAGUCCGACCUGGAGGACUCGCUGUACAAGGCGGCGGGCGGUGGUCCGCUCUACGGAGACGGCUAUGGCUUCCGCCUGCCGCCCUCGUCGCCACAGAAGCUGGCCGAUGUGGCGGCACCCCCCGGAGGCCCCCAGCCUCCACACAGCCCCUACUCCGGGCCGCCCAGCCGCGGCUCGCCAGUGCGCCAGUCUUUCCGCAAAGACUCGGGCUCCUCGUCGGUCUUCGCAGAGAGCCCCGGAGGCAAGACACGCAGCACCGGGGGCUCCUCGACAGCCGGAGCUCCCCCUCCAGAGCUCUUCCCUGGGCCUGGGGAGCGCCCUCUGGUUGGGUUUGGGCCGCCGGUGCCAGCCAAGGACACGGAGACCAGGGAGCGCAUGGAGGCCAUGGAGAAGCAGAUUGCCAGUCUCACGGGCCUGGUACAGAGCGCCCUACUACGAGGCUCGGAGCCUGAGACCCCUAGUGAGAAGAUUGAAGGCUCCAAUGGAGCAGGCACCCCCUCAGCACCCUGCGGGUCCGGCAGCCGGAGCAGCGGGGCCACCCCAGUGUCCGGCGCUCCCCCGCCCUCAGCGGGCAGCACUCCUGCGGGGCAGCCCACGGCCAUUAGCCGUUUGCAGAUGCAGCUGCACUUGCGUGGCCUGCAGAACAGCACCAGUGACCUGCGUAGCCAACUUCAGCAAUUGCGAAAGCUCCAGCUACAAAACCUGGAGUCGCUGCGCGCGCUGCUGAAGGGCACGGAGGCGGAGCUGAGCAUGCGCGUGUCGGAGGCGGCGCGGCGGCAGGAGGACCCGCUGCAGCGGCAGCGCACCCUGGUGGAGGAAGAGCGGCUGCGCUAUCUCAACGACGAGGAGCUCAUUACCCAGCAGCUCAAUGACCUGGAGAAAUCAGUGGAGAAGAUCCAGCGGGAUGUAUCCCACAACCACCGGCUGGUGCCGGGCCCAGAGCUGGAGGAGAAGGCACUGGUGCUGAAGCAGCUCGGGGAGACGCUGACCGAGCUCAAGGCUCACUUCCCAGGCCUGCAGAGCAAGAUGCGGGUGGUGCUGCGUGUGGAGGUGGAGGCCGUGAAGUUCCUGAAGGAGGAGCCACAGCGCCUGGAUGGGCUUCUCAAGCGCUGUCGUGGGGUCACGGACAUGCUGGCCCAGAUCCGCAGGCAAGUGGACGAGGGUGUGUGGCCACCCCCCAACAGUCUCCUGAAUCAGUCCCCCAAGAAGGUGACUGGUGAGGCGGACUUCAACAAGAGCUUGGACUUCGAAAUGCCACCCCCCAGUCCUCCACUGAACCUCCACGAGCUGAGUGGGCCAGCCGAGGGAGCCCCUCCUACACCCAAGGGGGGCAACCCCACCAAAAGCUUGGAUGCUGCUGGCAAGAGAAGUGUGGACAAGGCCGUGUCUGUUGAGGCUGCCGAGCGGGACUGGGAGGAGAAGCGGGCCGCCCUGACCCAGUACAGCGCCAAGGACAUCAACCGGCUGCUGGAGGAGACCCAGGCAGAGCUGCUGAAGGCCAUCCCUGACCUGGACUGUGCGAGCAAGGCCCACCCAGGCCUGGCCCCCACCCCUGACCACAAGCCCCCCAAGGUCCCCCACGGCCAAAAGGCAGCCCCUCGGACGGAGCCCAGUGGAAGGAGGGGCUCAGAUGAGCUGACAGUGCCUCGGUACCGCACGGAGAAGCCCUCCAAGUCGCCCCCGCCGCCCCCGCCCCGCCGGAGCUUCCCUUCCUCCCACGGCCUCACCACCACCCGCACGGGAGAGGUGGUGGUCACCAGCAAAAAGGACUCAGCCUUCAUCAAGAAGGCGGAGUCCGAGGAGCUGGAGGUGCAGAAGCCCCAGGUGAAGCUGCGCCGAACCGUGUCCGAGGUGGCUCGCCCCGCCUCCACGCCGCCCAUCAUGGCCUCUGCCAUCAAAGAUGAGGACGAUGAGGACCGUAUCAUCGCGGAGCUAGAGGUGUUUGAGAGAAGCUCAGUGUCUUCCCUCCCCCCCACGCCCCGCCGCCAGCCGAUCCCCACCUUGCUGGCACCCCAGGACCUGGGGCCCCCUGGGGGCUCAGCUCAGGGCCCCACAUGGAAGGCUGCCCCAAGCCCCAGGGCCUUUUGUAUCCCCCGGAUCAUCUUGACAGAGUGUACCCCAAACCCUCCCUCCCCACCAGAGGCCAGGCCUGAGGAAACUGGUCCCAGGACAACUCCCACCCCGCGCCCCCGGACCCUGGCUGGCAGUGGGAGAGGCUGCGAUGGUGCCCGGGCCCUGCCAGAGGUUGUGGCCAAGGCUUCCCAGCCCAGGAGCCCCUUACCAUCUGAGAAGGAAGGGACAGCUCUGAAGAGAUGGGGGAUAGAGAGCUGCAGCCCAGUGGAAGGAGGAGCUGGGGCUCCCUGCUCUUGGGGACCAGCCCUUGACGGGACUCAGGAGCUCUCUACUGCUGACACCCAGCCUGAGAAGACCCCCAAGGACACCAGACAGGAUGCCCAAGCCGGCAGUGGGGAGCCCAGGGGCCAGCCUGCUGCAGGUCUAGGCUGCACAGGGAGAGGCGCCCCCACCCAGCGGAUGGACAGCCUGGAGGAGACUCUUCGGGAGCUAGAAGCCGCCCUGAGCCAGAUGGGCACUGCCCUCGCCGUGGGGCCCCUCGGCAGCCCCCCACCCCUGCCACCCGGUCCCCAGAGCGGUGGUGGCAGCGUGCCGCCCAUGAAGGUGGUGACUCCGGGGGCCUCUCGGCUGAAGGCAGUGCAGGGCCAGGCGGGCAGCCCCGACAAGGGCAAGCACGGCAAGCAGAGGGCGGAGUACAUGAGGAUCCAGGCUCAGCAGCAGGCCACUAAACCAUCUAAAGAGAUGAGCGGGUCAAAUGAGACCUCAAGCCCAGUCUCAGAAAAGCCCUCGGCUUCCAGAACCUCUAUCCCUGUAUUGACUUCCUUUGGGGCGAGGAAUUCUUCCAUCUCCUUCUAGAAGCCCCCUCCCACCCCUGCCAUUUCUCUCCCUGCUCUUCUUCCCUUCAUCUCUACCCUACCCCUACCCUAUUCUCUGGGUCCUCUGAAGGGUUUGCCACAGGUGUGGCCCUCUUCAGCUCUCUACACCCAUCUCUUGUUGGUGUUUUUGCUUUUUUUAAAUGAUUCACUUUUAAUUUUUUUUUUUAAAGCAAAACAGUAAAACUAAAAACCAAAACACACCACCUUCCCUUGUUUUCCUGUUCCAAAAUGGUCCAUCUCCUGUCAUCCUCCUUCCCUUUUCUCUUCACCCAUGCUUCCUCCCACAUCCAUCCUAAGGCCCCUGAACCCUAAGGUCCUUUCCUGAGAGCACUCCGAACAAACUCUGAGCCACAGAGACUUGGAGCGGUGAGACACCCCCUCCCCUUCCUCGGAAACCUUCCUGGAGGAAACUCUGGACGUUGGAGCAACCUCGCUAUCGGCCUGGCAGGGAGACUCUGGGCCUGGAGCGGCCCAACCUCGCCGUGACUGAACUCUGUUGCUCUGCUCCCUGCUGCUCAUGCCUCUGUGGGCCUGGAGUCAAGAUGGAUGGGCUGUGGAAGGAGGCCAGGGUUUGGGGAGGGGGGUGCGGCUGGGGGCAGGCAUGAGGCCUUUGAAUCUGUGUGUCCUGGAAAGGAGUUGGCUUCCUGGGACUCCCUUCUUGUGGUGAGGAGCCGCCAGGCCUGUGCGGAGCAAGGAGCGGGCCCUUCUGGAUGGUGGGUUGUGGGUGGCGGCGGGUUGAGCGGCCAGCCUGACCCUGGGGUCACUGCCCUAAAAGAGGGCAGCCCUGAGGAGGGCUAUUUGGUACUUUUGGUUUCCUAAUUUAGCACUUUAAAUGACAUUAACUUAUUUAAUGGGGGUAGGGUGGGCAAGAAUGAAGGGCCUAGAAAACUAGAUUUGGGGGCCUGGAGGGUGGGAAGGGUCUGGUGGUGAGGGAAGUGGGGGGGAUAGAGAGGGGCUGAUGGGGGGGCAGUGAGGGCAGCUCUGACCCAAAGGUCAAGCAACUUGACCUUUAACCAUCCUCUUUGAGAUUUGAGGGUAUUCAGGUAAGGGGGUGAGAUGAAUUUUAAAUGGGGUACUGGUGACCCCCGGUGAGAUCCCUGAGGGUCCCUGAGGCCUGACCAGGCAGCCAGCUACCCUAGACCUGGCCUGUGGAAGACUGCCUUGCAGAGGCUGAGCCAACGAAGCUUUUGAGAAGGUCCUGAGAAGGGGAUGAAGAACAAAUUUUGAUUCUCAACCCCAGGCCCCCCAGAGGGCACAAUGAGGGGCCGGCAGGUGGGGAGGGGGGUUAUGUGGGUGGGGGAUGAGGUGGCAGAUAGAGCAGGGCCCCUGGGGAGCAGGAUUCCUAUUUGGAGCACAAAGCUGGGUAAGCACAGGGGAGGGCUGGGGAGUAAUCUCCCUGCAUAAGCACAGAAAGAAGGAGCCAUUGAAGGGGCAGACCCUCCUAGUCCCUGGGGCCUGGCUGGAAGGUCAGUGUCUGGGGUGAGCCUGGGGAGCCAUUGAGGGCUGGGGAGGGAAGGGAGACU